AGCCCCUCUGAAGAGUGGGGAACAUGACAGGCAGACCAAAGCUCAGAGGACCCAUCAGAGACCACAACCUGGACCUGGUCUUCGAUCUGGACCUGAACCCAGCUGUGUGUCCAUGAAGAGUAACAAGUCUAUUGAUCCUCUUCUAAACUUCAAAAAUGGCCGUCACGUUGUUAAUGCAAGUUCAGAUCAGCAGAGAAGAAAGUCUCCUGAAUCCAUGAAGAGUGAUUGGCGUAAAGAUGUUCUGAAUUACUUCGAAGAUCGACGCCGUUCUUAUGACCCAGAUUCACAUCAGCAUAGAGGAAAGUCUCCUGAACCCAGCUGUGUGUCCAUGAAGAGUGAUUGGUGUGAAGAUGUUCAGAAUUACUUCAGAGAUCGACGCUGUUCCUUUAAUCCAGAAGAGCACCAGGAGACCUCUGAGGUUCCCACAGGUCAGUCUGACCAGCAGCAGCAAACACACCUGGAUUCCAUAUUCAUGCUGCUGGAGAAGAACAUCCUCACUUUUGUGAAAAAACAGCUGAAGAAGAUCCAGAAGGUUGUGAGUUCAGAUUACCCAGAACGCUUAGAGAGUCAGAGGGAGGAUGAGGAGUUGCUGGAUGGUGAGGAUGAAGAGCACAGGAGGAACAAAGAGGCAUUUGUGAAGAUCUCAGUGCGCUUCCUGAGGAGAAUGAAGCAGGAGGAGCUGGCUGACCGUCUGCAGAGCAGACUCAACGCAGUUUGUCAGCGUGAACUCAAAUCCAACCUGAAGAAGAAGUUCCAGUGUGUGUUUGAGGGGAUCGCUAAAGCAGGAAACCCAACCCUUCUGAAUGAGAUCUACACAGAGCUCUACAUCACAGAGGGAGGGACUGCAGAGGUCAAUAAAGAACAUGAGGUCAGACAGAUUGAAACCGCAUCCAGGAAACCACACAGAACAGAAAAAACCAUCAGACAAGAAGACCUCUUCAAAGCCUCAGCUGGAGGAGAGGAACCAAUCAGAACAGUGAUGACUAAGGGAGUGGCUGGCAUUGGGAAAACGGUCUUAACACAGAAGUUCGCUCUGGACUGGGCUGAAGACAAACACAACCAGGACAUACAGUUCACAUUUCCAUUCACCUUCAGAGAGCUGAAUGUGCUGAGAGAGAAGAAGUUCAGCUUGGUGGAACUUGUUCAUCACUUCUUCAGUGAAACCAAAGCAGCAGGAAUCUGCAGGUUUGAAGAGUUCCAGGUCGUGUUCAUCUUUGACGGUCUGGAUGAGUGUCGACUUCCUCUGGACUUCCACAACAAUGAGAUCCUGACUGAUGUCACAGAGUCGGCCUCAGUGGAUGUGCUCCUCACAAACCUCAUCAGGGGGAAGCUGCUUCCCUCUGCUCGCCUCUGGAUAACCACACGACCUGCAGCAGCCAAUCAGAUCCCUCCUGAGUGUGUUGGCAUGGUGACAGAGGUCAGAGGGUUCACCAACCCCCAGAAGGAGGCGUAUUUCACGAAGAAGUUCAAAAAACAGAAGCAGGCCAGCAGGAUCAUCUCUCACAUCAAGACCUCACGAAGCCUCCACAUCAUGUGCCACAUCCCAGUCUUCUGCUGGAUCACUGCUACAGUUCUGGAGGAGGAGUUGAAGACCAGAGAGGAAGGAGAGCUGCCCAAGAGCCUGACUGAGAUGUACAUCCACUUCCUGGUGUUUCAGUCCAAAGUGAAGAAGUUCAAGUACGAUAGGGGAGUUGAGACGGAUCCACUCUGGAAUGAGGAUAGUAGGAAGAUGAUCAAUUAUCUGGGAAAACUGGCCUUUGAUCAGCUGCAGAAAGGCAACCUGAUCUUCUAUGAAUCCGACCUGACAGAGUGUGGCAUCGAUAUCAGAGCAGCCUCAGUGUACUCAGGAGUGUUCACUCAGAUCUUUAGAGAGGAGAGAGGGCUGUACCAGGACAAGGUGUUCUGCUUCGUCCAUCUGAGUGUUCAGGAGUUUCUGGCUGCACUUUAUGUCCAUCUGACCUUCUUCAGCUCUGGUGUCAAUCUGCUAUUAAAAGAACAAACAACCUCCCCGUGGUCUAAAGCCUUUAGAGACAAACCUAAACCAAAACGUUUCUAUCAGAGUGCUGUGGACAAAGCCUUACAGAGUCCGAAUGGACACCUGGACUUGGUCCUCCGCUUCCUCUUGGGUCUUUCACUGGAGACCAAUCAGGCUCUCCUACGGGGUCUGCUGACACAGACAGGAAUUAGCCCACAGUACAGUCAGAGAGCAAUCCAGUACAUCAAGGAGAAGAUCACUGAGAAUGUGUCUCCAGAGAAAAGCAUCAAUCUUUUCCACUGUCUGAAUGAACUGAAGGAUGGUUUUCUAGUGGAGGAGAUCCAACGGUCCCUUAGUUCCGGACGUCUCUCCACAGAUGAACUGUCUCCUGCUCAGUGGUCAGCUCUGGUCUUCAUCUUACUGUCAUCAGAAAAAGAUCUGAAGAUCUUUGACCUGAUGAAAUACUCCGCUUCAGAUGAGACGCUUCUGAGGCUGCUGCCAGUGGUGAAAACCUCCAGCAUAACUCUACUGCACGGCUGUAACUUGUCCGAGAGAAGCUGUGGGCCUCUGUCCUCCGUUCUCAGCUCCCGAUCCUCUAGUCUAAGAGAGCUGGAUCUGAGUAACAACGACCUGCAGGAUUCAGGAGUGAAGCUGCUGUCUACUGGACUGGAGAGUGCACACUGUGAACUGGACACUCUCAGGCUGUCGGGCUGUAUGAUCACAGAGGAAGGCUGCGCUUCUCUGGCCUCAGCUCUGAGCUCCAACCCCUCCCAUCUGAGAGAGCUGGACCUGAGCUACAAUUAUCCAGGAGACUCAGGAGUGAAGCUGCUGUCUGCUGGACUGGAAGAUCCACACUGGAGACUGGAAACUCUCGGGCUGGAACCUGCUGGAGUCCGAUGGUUCAGACCAGGUCUGAGGAAGUAUUCAUGUCAACUCACACUCGACACAAACACAGUACACAGAGAUCUCAAGCUGUCUGACAACAACAGGAAGGUGACAUAUGUGGGGGAGGAUCGUCCUGAUCGUCCAGACAUAUUUAACUGCUGGUCUCAGCUGCUGUGUAGAGCUGGUCUGACUGGUCGCUCUUACUGGGAGGUCGAGUGGAGAGGAGGAGUUACCAUAUCAGUGGGUUACAGAGGAACCAACGGUGAAGCCUCUUGGUUUAGAUGGAAUGAUCAAUCCUGGAGUCUGGGAUGCUCUGAUGAAGGUUACUAUGUCCGUCACAAUAAGAAAGUCACACCCAUCACCACCUCCUGCUCCUCCUCCUCCUCUGGUAGAGUAGCAGUGUAUGUGGACUGUUCUGCUGGCUCUCUGUCCUUCUACCAAGUCUCUUCUGACACCCUGAUCCACCUCCACACCUUCAACACCACAUUCACUGAACCUCUUUAUCCUGGGUUUAAGUUCUCGUCCUGGUCCUGCUCUGGUUCCUCAGUGUCUUUGUGUUCUCUGUAGGAGGGAGAGUCUCCUCCUGGUAGAGAACCUUUCUCUCUACUCACCCAUCUGUACAGGAUGUUACAGAGCUGGUGUUGGCUCAUGUUAAUGUAGAUGCAGGUGGAGUUGGGGAGGGAUACUUGAGCUGGUCUGGACUCUGAGGGGUCCAGAGCUCUCUGGGACUUGUGAUGUUGUAGAUGUGUGUUUUAAGGUUGCUGUGCUCGUUGCCUGUGUGGAUGAGAUAAAUAAAUUAUCAUUUAGAUAUUGGGUCCUAAUUAGGGUAUGAUUUUAAUCUUUAUAUGUCCCAAUGUUAAUAUAUAUAUAUAGUUAGUAUAAUUUUAUAAAAAGGUCAGUUAUCUCCCCCCACACUCCCCAACACCAAUAAAAAAAUAUAUGUAUACAUUAAUUGUAUCAUAAAUUUGUGUUUGUGCUUCAUUAGCAAUUUCUUUCAAGAAUUGUUUGUAUUGACGGAAAUAAGGAAAAUAUGAGGAAAAAUUCUUUUUGAGCCGAUUGAAAUUUCAAAUGUUUUAAUUGUAUUGGUCUAUGUUAUGUAUGUUAAUACAUUACUUUGAUUGGAAACAACUGUGACAGACAUGUCAAAAUCCAUGUUGUUUUUUUCCAUAUCAAAUAAAAUAGAAUUAGCAACAAUCAUUGAGCUUGAAGCUACGAUCCAUCAUGUCACGGUCAAAAUGCUCCACGUGAACUUCAGAUGGAUGAUGGACAGGUAGAGUUGCAUUAUAAUAUAAUGGCAUUAAUUGUCCCCCUCUGUUGUCAAGAGAACACAAACCGCAAACCAAGAUGCUACAGUAACAAUUCUUUGCCUGAGCGAGGAGGAGGAGGAACUUACCCUUCUUCAUCCCAACUGCAAAGCCUCUCUCUAUCUGCAGCUCACAUGCGGCAGCGUGACUCAUUCACUCGAUGCUCUACAGUUUCUACAGAAAGUGAGCGAAAAGCAAACAAGGACUCAUCUCAUAUAUUAGUAAAAUAAAGAAUAACAAACUGGAGCCUGGAUGUUAUUACCAGCCACAACAGCUGUAUUCUGUCCGGUGAAACAAUUAUGGACCCAAUCCACUUUAAAUAGAUGCAUCCGUGCUUAAUCGAUCGAGUUUACUGCGAGCGGCUCUCAGAGACACCAUUCUGUCCACCUGAUAGCUGAUUGAGCACCUCGUAUGUAAUUACCUGUGGAAGCAUUCAGGGACGCUGGAAUAUCUGAUGUGGCACAAAUUCUUUCAAAGCAGUUUUUGCAUGAUGUGUAAUAUAUAGUGUAUGCUCCUCUAAACGCUUCAUAGUGAGUCUGUGUUCUUCAUUAUUCAGUUUCCUGCUGUUUUAGUUUUACUAAUGAAACUUGCACUGGCUCCGUUUCUGACCUUUGACCUUACCGUCGCUAAAUGUAAAUCUAAUAAUGACGCAGAAAGAGAAGAUUCCCAUCAGCUGUAAGUAUUAACUUUCCUUUAUUGUGUAUUUUUCUGGCUGUGAUUUGCUGUAUAAACAAAAACUAUUAUUUUUCUCAGAACAGAAUGAAUCACAUUCUGUUCUGAGAAAAAAGGACCUUUUGACCUCCGGUAAUCAGGUGCGUCGAAGGUAAAUGUUUGAUGAAUUAUCACAGCAGUUAAAAGUUAAUAAUCAACAGUUCAGACACAGGAAACUCAUCCACAUUGUAAUUUGAACAUACAUAAUUCAUACAUUUAGAUUCCUCCACAGACGUUCCUCUCAUUUCUUUCCUUUGGAUGUCCGGUUUUCAUUUUGCCAUCACGAUGCUUUGGAUGUUUCAAGUCUUU